UGCUGUCUUCCGCGGUUACCGGUGUUCUGUGGUUAGUAAUCCAGUGACUCCGUGUGUCUCUUUCUCCAGGGUUCAGGAACUGAGCCCUAAUGGCGGAGGUGAAGGUGAAGGUGCAGCCGCCCGACGCGGAUCCGGUCGAAAUAGAAAACAGGAUUAUAGAACUAUGCCAUCAAUUUCCUCAUGGAAUCACAGACCAAGUAAUUCAGAAUGAAAUGCCUCAUAUAGAAGCCCAACAACGGGCAGUGGCCAUCAAUAGACUGUUGUCCAUGGGUCAGUUGGAUCUCUUAAGGAGCAAUACAGGCCUUUUAUACAGAAUAAAGGACUCUCAGAAUGCUGGUAAAAUGAAGGGAUCAGACAACCAAGAAAAACUAGUAUAUCAAAUUAUAGAGGAUGCAGGAAAUAAAGGAAUAUGGAGCAGAGAUAUUCGAUAUAAAAGUAACUUACCAUUAACAGAAAUCAACAAAAUUCUAAAGAAUUUGGAAAGUAAAAAGCUUAUCAAAGCUGUUAAGUCUGUAGCAGCCUCCAAAAAGAAAGUAUAUAUGCUCUAUAACCUGCAGCCGGACCGGUCUGUGACUGGUGGAGCCUGGUACAGUGACCAGGAUUUUGAAUCUGAAUUUGUAGAAGUACUUAACCAACAGUGUUUUAAAUUCCUACAAACCAAGGCAGAAACAGCACGAGAAAGCAAACAGAAUCCAAUGAUACAAAGAAAUAGUUCAUUUGCUUCUUCACAUGAAGUAUGGAAAUAUAUCUGUGAACUGGGAAUAAGCAAGGUAGAGUUGUCCAUGGAGGACAUUGAAACCAUCUUGAAUACUCUUAUUUAUGAUGGGAAAGUGGAGAUGACUAUCAUUGCUGCAAAAGAAGGCACAGUUGGCAGUGUAGACGGACAUAUGAAACUGUACAGGGCAGUCAAUCCAAUCAUCCCACCCACAGGUUUAGUCCGAGCACCCUGCGGGCUCUGCCCAGUUUUUGAUGACUGCCAUGAAGGUGGUGAGAUUUCACCAUCUAACUGUAUUUACAUGACAGAAUGGCUCGAAUUUUGAUGGAGAAUGAUAAACUCUACUGACAUUAUACAAAUGAAGUUGCUUGGAGACCAAAUAAUUUAAUUCAUGAUGGAACAUCAAAUUUCCUUGAAAGCAGAUUCACAGUAAAUGGAUACAGACUUGCUGCUAUGAAAACCUGUUUUUUUAUUUAUAAAGACUAAAUUUAUAUUGGUAGAGAGGCCAUUAGAAUAUGAAACAGAUGAGGUUAGUAGUGAAAUCUGUUCUUCUGUAAAUUAAAAAAUUGAAGCCCUGGAGAAAAACAUCUUUUGAAGUUUUCAAGACUUUUGAUGGAUCAAGGAAAAAGAAACAACAAACCCUUAUUUGCCAAGUACUAUGGAAAUAGCUAGAGCACAAAUAUAUUCAUUUUAAAGUUGUUUAUUAAGGUCUUCGUUAAAAAUUUUUUAUGUCUGGCUCAUUACCACCAUUUUUGUUUCCUGUUUUCUCAGUAGUUUCAUUGAGAAGAAAUUAAAAAUGGUGAAGACAGGAACAGCACAAGAGUAUAUGAAAUCUUGAAGAAGCAUUAAGUGAGGGAGAGUAGGACAUUCCUUUUCUACACACUAUUGAUUCCUUCCUAUAUCAGUAAUAUUCUUUUGAAGGAUUAUGCUACCAUACCUCAAACCCAAAGGAUGAAUAUUGUCAAGGAUGUUUCAGUGUGUAAAUAUUAUCAUUUUCAUCAUAAAGGGAAUAUUUUCACUUUUCCUUUGUCUUACAAGCUUCAUUAUGUGGCUCAAGUGUAUUCUUCACCAGAAUUUCCCUGGAUUCUUAUAUGAUGUCUACAGUGUUUAUGUGCCUGAACUCUCCCAUCCCCGCAGAUUCAGAUGUUAAAAUCUAAUGCACAAUGUGAUGGUAUUUGAGGCCUUUGGAAGAUAAUAGUUUGAGGAUGGAGUACUCAAGAAGGGAAUGUGUGCCCUUUUAAAAGAACCUAGAGAGCUCUUAUUGUACCUUCUGCCCUGUGAGUACACAGGGAGAAGACAAUCAUUGGUGAACCAGGAAGUGGUCCUCACCAGACACCAAAUUUGCCAGUGCCUUGAUCUUGGAUAUCUCGGGCUACAGAAUUGUGAGAAAUAAAUUUGUUGUUGAUAAAACACAAGUCUGUAGUAUUCUAUAUAGCACACAGAAGGGAUCAAGACAAUGUGUAUCCAUUUAACUAGAACUGAAACAAACAAAAAAAACCAUUGCCUUCCAUUCAUACUUUAUUUUGAGGGUGAUGGGGACAGUUCUUACCCUGUUUUAGAUUUGUUUCUUUUCCUUACUGUUCUAAAACUCAUAGUGUCACAUAAUCAAAAAGCCACUACUGUGUAACUGUCUUGAGAUCUAUUAGCACUCCUGGUUCUAUUCGUCAGUAUAGAAAAGUAUAGUCGUCCAAUGUAGAAAACUCUAGGUUAUUUGAUGUGUUGUUGCAAGGAAGGUAGGUAUACAGCUUUUUAGGAUCUCAGCGGUUGUGUUUCACUUUGUGAAACACAGGCCAGACCCACAGAACCAACAACCUAAGGGAAUUCACACACAGCUCCUCUUGCAGGCCUAAUUCUAACACAAGUUUGGAGAUGUUCUAAGGGGACAAGAUUAGACUAGUUAUUUUAAAAUAAAUAGUAAAAUUCAUUUCAGUAUUCAGUUUUUAUCAUAUAAAUUCUGUGGCCAGCUCCAUAAAAUUCACAUUUAAUGACAGGAAUUCCUUAUAAUAAAAACCAUUCAUGUAUUGGAUGAAUAUAAGCUAUAAAAAGAUCUGGAAGCCUGAAACUACAGAGGAUUUUUCUUCUAGUGAGAGUUGGAAUGGUAAGAAUAAUGUCUGUCGUCCUUGGAACUUACCUAUCAAAGAGACACUAGUCUUAUUUAAUAAGAAAACUGAAUUUGGAUGAGAGUAAAAAUGGGGAGAUGGAACCAAUUUGUGUUUUAAAUGUAGAUUUCACAAUGUGUCUUAAUAGCCAGUGAUUGAUUUUUAAAAUUUACAACUAGUGUCUAAAAAAGUAUUUCCUGCCUUGUCAAAAUAAAGAGACCCUUUAAACUUA